UCAAAUACCAUCCCUUGAGUAACGUACAUAAUGAAAAUGCAUCUCUUCCAAAUUUAAUGCAACCAUGAAAUUGCUUCUAAAAAAAGAAAAACAUUUCAUAUGUUACCAUAACCUCAAUAUGGAGCUACUUUUUGUAAGUUGUCCUGCAAUACACACAUUAGUCGGCAUUCAAAGAAAUAAGAAAUUUAUUUCGUUGUAUUAACAUAAACAUGGAUGGCAUUAAUGUUUUUAAUCAAUUUCUGGCUCGACACAAGCCUCAGCUGCAAGCAUCCGGUGUUCCUCAACAUUUUUGGCAAGCCAUAUACACUAAAAUAACGACUGAAACCUUCGAUGCUGGAGCCGUGCUACAAAUGAUGUUAAUCGAAUAUGAUCAAGAUGACGAAGAAUUUGCAAACAUGACCGACGACGAAAAGGAAUGUAGGCCAGUUUUUGCCCUGUCUGUGGCAGCGGAAAAUGGAAUUCGAGCUAAUGACCCCAAUAGCAUUUUUUUGGUGGAUCAUGCCUGGACCUUUCGCACGAACAUGGCACGCCAACAACUGGAAGAGUAUGAGCACUUAUUGAAUCGCAUGUGCGCUAUAACGGGAAUUGAUUUGGAGGAUGAUCAGCGCGUUAAUAAGGUUUUGGACAAAAUGUGGAAGUAUUGCCAGGCCUACACAUUAUCCAGUGACCAGCUGAGUGAUGAAGACAGACAGCCCAUCUGGUAUGUCAUGGAUGAAGUGGGUUCGGCUGUUGGUCACUCGGACGAGCCAAAUUUUAGAUUGGUACCUUUUCUUCAUUUGGACACGCAGAUCACCUACAGUUUGCUGUUCCCCAUCAGGGAUUGUGAGCAAGGCGACCAAGUGUGCCGAGAUUAUGUAGAGUAUGUAUCAAAGGGUGCCGAAGAGAGGAAGGUAUUGCUGUUGCCAUGGCGCUUCACUGAUUUAACCGGCGAAAGUUUUGUACAGUCUGAACCAUCAGCGGAAUAUUUUUCAUCCGGUCACAUUCCGGAAACCUAUCCCACAGAAGAUCUCUUAUGUGAACCUCAAAUUGAUAGAAAUGAUCCAUUGAAGGUCUAUGCCGAAUAUGACAUAGUUCGCCAACAUUUAACUUCGCCAUAUUUUGUUUUAGUGGAUGAGCCCGAAGAGGCCGAUGUUCUCUGGUUAACGACACACUUCAAGAACUUUGCGGAAUUGGCCCAAGACACUCCUAAUAAAUACAUUAACCAAUUUCCCUUCGAAUAUGUCAUUACUAUCAAGGAUUUGCUAAGCAUUACCUGUCGUAGAGGAGCUAUUGAGCACCAUAAUAGUGAAACCUUGGAAACUUAUCCCUCAUGGCUGCCCACCACGUUCAAUUUAAAAACAGAGCUUAUCCAAUUCGCCUCUUACUAUCAGAAUAGAGCCGCCAAAGGUCUCGACAAUCACUGGAUUGUAAAACCUUGGAAUUUAGCCAGGGGUUUGGACACUCAUAUUUCCAAAAAUCUUACACAGAUAGUACGAUUGCCCGCAACAGGGCCAAAGAUAGCUCAAAAAUAUAUUGAGAACCCUGUACUUUUCUAUCGUGAAACCCUCAGUGCCAAGGUUAAAUUUGAUGUGCGCUAUGUUAUCCUGCUGAAAAAUGCUAAACCAUUGGAGGCCUAUAUACAUCGUAAAUUCUAUCUACGCUUUUCCAAUAAGCCAUUUUCUCUGGACCACUUUGACGAUUAUGAAAAACACUUUACCGUCAUGAACUACCAGGACAAUGCGGAACUACAUCAUGUAAAAUGUGACGAUUUUCUCGACAUGUGGCAACAGCAAUAUCCAAAGCAUUUGUGGUCGGACAUUGAAGAUAGCAUAUGCUCGAUGUUGUAUGAGUUGCUGGAAUGCGCCACACAGAACAUUGCAGCCCCCUGCGGCAUACAAGCAUGCUCGCAAUCAAGGGCAUUAUACGCCGCGGAUAUUAUGCUGUCGUGGGAGAAGAGUGCCCCCACCAUUAUCCAACCAAAGCUAUUGGAAGUAAACUGGACCCCCGAUUGCAAAAGGGCAUGUGAUUACUAUCCAGACUUUUACAAUGACAUAUUUAAAUUGUUGUUUUUGAAUGAAGCCAACGAUGAAGUGUUUCGACUUUUGCAAAAGCACAACAAUUAGACUAACUUUAGUUAUUAUGUGCCUUGCGAUUCUAUAUACCUAUAUUUUAUAUAUAUUUUUAUGUACGUAAUUAUUAGUUGUUGACUUUUGUUAUUAAAAUUUUUUCGUUUAAUUUA